CAUUUGCACCCCACAUCAGUUCUCUGCUGGCUGGCAUCAACCAUCUCCGCUGGUGCAGCCAUGUCCGAAUCUGGAAGCUGCGAUGAUGAUACGAGCCAACUUCGGACACCCUCUGCUGCCCGUGCAACCAGAUCCGCUGGAGACCAGUCCAGGCAAGACAAAAUCCAGACGCUCACCUCUCGUUGUUCAGUCAAGCAUGCCUUCGAGGUUAUCCAAGGCUUCUCCGAGUUCAAGAGAUGGUUGGUUGGUGAGAUUGGAUGGGCCGGCAUGCUAGAGGUUCCACAUUUGCAGAAGCUCAACCUGAAAUUCAGCGCAUGGAUAAUGAGCCGUGUAGACGUACACAGCAGGUCCAUUGUCAUCACAGAGAAGAAGGUACUGCGUUUCUGGCCUCAGGAUGUGUCCAAGGUUUUCGGUAUCCCAUCCGGCCCUCGUAAUGUUAUUGGGAGGGAUGCCACCAUCAGGCCAGACGCUAUAGAGUUCAUCAAAAACACCCUUGGCAUGAACCAGGCUGGAGCCCAUAGCCUAAAAGCUGCAGAAAACUUCCUUACCAGGGAGAUUACCGAUGACUCUAGCAAGAUUGAGAAGGACUGUUUUCAGAUUGCAUUUGUUAUCUUUGUCAUGGGCCACAUCCUUGCACCAUCUAGCAAAUAUGAUUAUGCCACAAUUGAUUUCUGGGGAGCUCUUGCCAACACCGAUAACAUAGCUCAGUUCAAUUGGGGCGAGUACAUCAUCCAGUCUCUACUUGACGCUGUUGAGAAGUACAAGAGAGAUGUUAGAAGCCAUGCACACACCAUCAACCUGUUCGGCUGCCACCUCUGGCUUCAGGUAUUCCUCCUCGACAACCUGGACCUAGGAAUUUUCAACAAGAAACACGACCAGCUCCCACGGAUUAAGGUAUUCGACCAAGACUGGUUGAGGAAACUCAUCACGAUGGCCAGCGAUGUAGGCAAAGUACCACAUUCAUACACUUCAGCGCCGUUACGGUCGGUGGAAUCGGUCUGCUACACCCGCGCCACGGUCGGCAGCAACGAAGCUGCCACCGAACGAAGAGAUCAUGUCAUCGCCUUAACCAACACCGGCAGUGCUACCCCCGCCGAACCAGAGCCUGAACCCCACACAGCCGCCCACGCUGUCACCCCUAGGCCUAUAUAUGUUGCCGCAGACCACACGCCUAACCAUCCGACACAGUCGAUUAACAUUGGACCAAUUGACUACUCAAACUAUCUCAAGCGUCAGUACCCAAAAUUGAUGGCUGAUCCCCUCACCCUAAUGCUCAAAGAACACAACGCGAAGGCAUUCUCACAACUACACAUUGCUAGGACAAACAUACUAACUGACAUGUUCAAGUUCACGGACAAACUGAUGGCACACCUAGCCCAGAGAUGUGUUUGCUGUCAGGCCAGGGGGUUCACCGACUGCCCGCUCGUACCAACAGAUCAUGCCUCAGGCCCUGCUGAAUGUUUGCGCACGCCCGUAAACCAGAAGUUAAGCGGAGUCAGGCUGGAGCUUUCCGAUGCGGAAGAUAGCACAAACAGAGGGUCUGCUGGAUCAUCGAAACGACCUCCACUUGCCCCUGAUUCUGUUGUGAACAGCAAGAAGAGUAGAGGCAGCGUGCUCGAUCUGGACGAUUUGCACUUUCCGGUUGCAGCCCAUGGCAUCAAGGACAAAUGCUUGCUUGCUUACACCACAAACGAAGCGCUAUACAAUGCGGCCGACCAGGAUCCUACCACAGCUGCAGUCUUGGGGCAGCUCAGCCCUGAUCUUCCAAAAAGGCGGUCUGUGUUGAGUGGUAGUUUUGCGUCAAACCCAUGGAGAGCUGGGUGGAUUCCUCCCCCACUCCAGGACCAAGUUGCAACUGACUUGGAGACAUCCAUCAAGAGCCAAUCUCCUGAUGAGCUACAGCGAUUCUGGGUUGUCCACGACACGCCCCGCCUACUAUGUGUUCCUGGAACGGACCUCCUCCAGCAGCUUGCCGGUGACCACACACUCGAGCACGAGUUGUCAUGUGCCUUAGUAAGGCGCUAUAAUCAGAUCGACUUCGAGAACAACGAUGACUGUCCCUACCUGAACUGGAGGCACAUCAUGGAAACAGACUUCGCGACCACAGUCCUGGCUGGAAAAGAUUACUUACGUGCAAUCUGUGUGCAGAAUCAGUUCUUUGGCAAACACAUUAGGCAUUCUAUCGCCUGCUCGCAAUAUUACUUUGCACCGGCCAUUCUCGAAGACGGGUGGGCUCUAUACAUGUGGGACAUGGUCUCCAAAGAUAUCCAUGUGUUAGACCCACUAGCCGGUGCAAGAGGCCCGUCCAGCGGAAGGAAAGAAAUGCACGAGUGGGUAUCGUCGAGGCUCCACGAUGCGCUCUUCCAAUGUUUUGCUGAAUUCUUUGCUGGUUGGCCUACGAGGAAGGAACACUGGGGGAGAAUAUAUCCUAAGAUUGUAGACACCACUUUCUCAAGGUACGAAUCUGGCCUUGCCAUACUCCACCUGUUGAGAUACUAUGAUGGCGAGAAACUGAGAUCACCCAUAACAAAGCGCAACCUUGACAAAACCAGGCUUGCUUCCCUUCACGAUAUUAUGAAACUCCGUGGAAACAAAUCACCCCUACCUGGAGAUGCACUAUGGGCUGCACUAGCACCUAGCCAGCUCAGCCUUGGUGAUUUCCUGAAUGAAGUGGAGACCUGACACUCUUGGCCCUUUGUCGUCAAAAAUCGUCGAAGACUUAUGUUGUUUAGAUUGCUAGGAGUCCUUUUUCACCGUUGAACUAUACCCACAUGGCUGCACUCCACUAUCUAAGUUACCUUGUUGUAAUUUUUCGCAACAAACUUAUGUUGAACUCUAUGUUUAGUUUGUGAAAUGUUGGUGUCAACCCUCUGUAUGGAGGGCUCGCGCUCUUGUCCUAUGGAAUCAGACAAUGGUAGCAAUGGUAGCCAUUUUUCAAGCAAGGUCAA